AUGUGUAUCGAGUGGCAAUCAACACAGUUCAAUGAACCAACACGAGUUGUACUAAGCUGCGCUGCAGCGGUCAACGCUCCAGAUAUAUUUGCAGAUACUGCCAAUGAGCUCAACGUACCAGCGCUAGUAAUAUUCGGUUGCGCGGCAGUGGUCAGCGCUCCAAAGAUGUUUUCAGAUAGUGUUAGUGAGCUACCGUCCGCACAGAUGUAA